AUGACGGACAAGAUAAACACAAGCCGAUCGGUCGCAUAUUGCCGUCUCUCUCUGACGCAUACAAAGUCGCGGUUGUGUACAGGAGGCGGCGCACUGGGCGGGAGGCGCAUCGGAGCCCGCUUAGUGGAAAUGGUUAUUUUGUGUAUCUUGUCAAUGAAGGGACGGGUAGGGGCGGGUCGCUUUUUUCAGUCUGUCACUACGAGCGCUUGCGCUUACACCUUGCGCAUGCUACACGACAACUUAAACAGUUUGACGGUUUUCGGACCUCGAACUAUGAGUUACGAAAAUUGUGAUAACAGAGUGCAUAUUAAGCGUGAGGAAGAUCAGGAUUGUCUAGACGAGGACCGCUACUACGGGUACGCCCCUGUAGAGGUUAAAAGGGAUGCGGAGAUGCAGGGCUUCGGGCCAUCGUCGCCUACACAUCUAAUGGAUUUAAGCAAUGGCUCCGAGAGACCUAUUAUUCCGCAACCGUGGUCACCGAACCUUGUAUUCGACGGAGAAGACAGGGAGUACCAACAGUCCCAAUAUCCUUCGUACGACCAAAUGUACAUCGUAGACCAACGACAGAGGCAAUUCUCACGGAGUAUGUAUUUUGAGGAUUCGAAUUCGCAAGACCGAGUCCCUAGUUAUUACGAGUCAAACGAGUUACCUAAACUUGGGGAUACUUCGUAUCGAUCUUCAACAGAAGAGCGCAGUGAUGAAAACGAGGAACAAAGGAGAACCAGGAAGCGGUCAUCGAAAUCAUCUCGCAAGAAAACUCAGUCUUUCGAAGAAAUGCAAAUACAGAGAGUGAUGGCUAACGUGCGUGAGCGACAACGAACGCAGAGUUUAAACGAAGCAUUUGCAAGUCUGCGUCAAAUCAUUCCGUCUUUGCCGAGUGACAAGCUGUCGAAAAUACAAACACUCCAGUUGGCGACGCAGUACAUCGAGUUCUUGUACCAAAUUCUAUCCAACAGUGAGACUUCAUCGAGUAGUGAUGUUGGGAGCGACUCUGGAAGUGAGCACGGGAAAUAUCUCGCUCAAGACAAGUUAAGUUACGCUUUCUCAGUGUGGAGAAUGGAGGGCGAGUGGACUAACGGUCAAUCGUGAUAAUGUUUGAAUGAUAAAAUAUAUGAUCUAUAUUGAUCUAAAGACGCUUAUUCUAUUCCAUAAUUCUAAUAUAAUAAUCAUUUAUUUGUAAAAAAAAUCAAUGUAGCUACUUAAGUUUAACGAUUAAUCCUUAAUUAUCAUAACCAAUGUGAUACUUUACCAGAAUACCGAAGAACUACGGUAUUCAUUUAAAUGAUUAAUUCGAGAUAAGAUAUUAUUAAGUUUUAAAUAUACAGCUGAUUUCCAAAUAAAAACUUAUAACUGAAUUCCAAUUAUAUACAGUUAUACGUUAAAAAUGAUUAAUACGAAUAAAUUUGUGACUUAUAAACA